UAAUGACCAUUAAUGUUUUUGUUUGUCGAGCAGAUGCAGGAGCAAAGUUUAGAGGAUGGGGAGGAGAAAUCAGGGGAGGGAAAUGAGGAGCGAGGUGAAAAUGGGACCAUUUGGCCCAAGGUGUGAAGUCCCACACACCUAUUUAACAGAGCCGGCCUGGAGCGCUGGACUCUUACUGCAAAGGACGGCGUCACGAACACAGACUGAGGACGAAGCAUCAUCAACUAAAGAGCAUCUUCUGGUCUUUGACACAUUGUACAGAAGAGGCCAGGCCAGGGGAGGAAUUAAAUUACAGCAGAUGAGGAGGCCAGGAGACAAAAAAGGAGAAUGCUGAAUAUGGAGAUGUACCCUGGUUUAUCUGUGGGACCUCAAAGGAUGGCAGACGGCUUUUACAGAGACAGGGAUGCUUCUGUACGGAUACCGCUGUUUCCCCCGGCUUGUGAUGGGGCCCCGAGGAUUCUGGGCCCCGCUGCUGGCACCGGCGAGGCUUCCUCAAAGCCCCAAAAAGACGAGGUGAAGCUGGAGCUGGAGAACUCGUCUUUAUGGAAGCAGUUCAGCUCAGUUGGCACCGAGAUGAUCAUCACCAAGAAGGGCAGACGGAUGUUCCCGGGGCUCAGACUGAAACUGUCGGGCUUAAACCCAUCUCUCCGCUACAUCCUCCUCCUUGACAUCGUCCCGGCCGACAACUCCCGCUACCGCUUCCAAGGCGGCGGCUGGCAGGCGGUCGGAGGGGCGGAGGCCAGGCUGCCCGACCGGGUCUUCAUCCACCCGGACUCGCCCGCCACGGGCGCACACUGGCAGAGCCGCACCGUCUCCUUCCAUUACGCCAAGCUCACCAACAACACCCUGGACACACGUGGACAUAUAAUCCUGCACUCGCUGCAUCGUUACCAGCCCAGAGUCCAUGUGAUUGAAGCCAGAGACAUGUUAAGAUGGGGCGGAGGACAGCACACCUUUGUUUUCCCCGAGACCCAGUUCAUCACAGUCACAGCUUACCAGAACAACAAGAUCACAGAACUGAAGAUCAACUCCAACCCGUUUGCUAAAGGCUUUCGAGAGGAUGGCAUGAACAGCAAGAGGCAAAGAGACGCAAGACAGAAACGCAAGAUAGCUGCCCUGACUGAAACCUUGGAUACUGUGAACUGUGAUCCAUGUGAAACCUCCGAGGCCACAGCUGCCGGCUCUGACCUGCAGGCCCUCACGCUCGCCUCUCUGCCUCCACUGCCCGACUCUUCCUGCGGGUUCAGACCCGAGGACGCCUCCUAUCCGGUCCCAGAGCACUCACUGGACCUCGGCCAGGCGUUCAUGAGCUCCCAGAUGUCCGACAUCAGCAUCACAAUGGCCAAUGGGAUGCAGGAACCUCAGGAAAAUGAAGCGGCACACAGCAUGAUUGAAAGCUCAGAUGUUAUGGCUGAAGCAACCUAUGAGCCCAACUUCUCAGCUCCUCAGUCCUCCUCCUUCUCCUCCAGCACGUCCCACCCUCCACCCUCCUUCCCUCCCGUGGACUACCCUUCCCCCAUGCUCCCUGCCACCCCGUCACUGCAGCAGACCUCCUUCAGCUUCCCCACGCCGCCACCUUCGGACUCCUCCUCCCCCUCUUCUGGCACCUUCCUGUUGGACCCCGGGACGGUCAGCCCCCACACUCCAGCUGCUUUCAGCGCCACAUCCAGCACGUGUCCGUCAAGCCUGCAGGACCAAACAUCUCCCCACUCUCAGGGGCAUCAGGGGGAGCCUGAUGUUCCUGUGGCUCAGACGUCAGCAGCUUUUACCUAUCCGAAUGUGCUUCCUAUGAAUAGCGAUCCUGAAUACCAGCCUUUAGGUGCCUCUGUGCCCUGCUCCCUCCCUGCUAAUGGCAGCUGCCACUCUUAUGCUUUGCCUUCUCUCCCCCAACAAAUGCAAACUCUUUCGUUUCCAAGUGUAAAUCCCAGCUCUGCUCUGAACUUCUCCAACCGGAGUCACCAAGCCGCAGGCCCCUCCCUUCCUACUGCCUUCCCCCCUCCUACCUCUUUCGCCCACUCUUCAUCCUCCCUUCCUCACCCUUCUUUCCCUCCCUCUUCCUGCCUGGCUGUGCCCUCUUCGUUCCAGCAGUCCCUCACCUCUGCAGCCCUUCCUCAGGCGCACCCCUCGUCUACCUCCUACACCUGCUCAUACCCCCCAGCUGGGGUCAGUGCCAUCCCUCAGUUCGCUUCUGCUCCCCCCUAUCGCUCGGAGAUGGUACUGCACCGCCAGGCUCUUCUUCCUCAGCUGGAUCCAUCCCUGCCUUCCUCCAACCCCCCACCGGCCCUUUACCCCGGCUUCCCCUCAUACCCUCUCCGCCUGCAUCAGGACCCUCACUCCUCCCUCUCUGCACCCUUCAGGCACCUUUACAGACAGCACCAGCAGAGCCACCCGCACUCCCAGGGGUCCUACAUUAGUGCGAGAGCAGUGUUUUAAAAUAAAUGCUGCAGAAAUGUUUGGUUUCAAGGCGCUUUAAGGGAAAUUAGCAAUAUGUAGUAUCAGAGGCAGUAGUAAACCUUUUAUGAAUGUCUCAACUGUUCAGCUAAUGGAUAUUAGUUGUGAUAAUAAUUAUGAUUUGUAUAUACUUUGAAGAUUUAUGCUCUAAAUAUUCACUGCAGUGUGAGAAAUAAAAGUGUCCAGCUAAUAGAGUUUUGUACUUUUCCCCCUUUCUCCUAAAAUAUUAAGUUAAGCAGAUUUAUCUUUAAACCACUGAGUGAGGCGCAAUUUUAAAAGUAAUGGUUUAUUAUUUGGGCGAAUAACUAAUUACUGUAAUUAGUAUUAUAAUUAGACCUUGGUUUAAUAUUGCAGUGUGCAGUAUUAUACAACUGAAGCUGAUGGAUCAUUCAGUAGUAAUGUAUUACCUAAUGAUUAAAUAGUAUUAAUUAUCUUCUAACGUUUAAUCCUACCAAUUAAUUAAUAUGAACUAUUAAUUAAAAUGAACAAGAUAUUUGUUAAUAACAUAUAACCAUACAAUGAUGAAUGUUGAAUGAUGAGUAUUGAUUGAGUUAAGAAUAACCAAGCCAUAAUUGAAAAAUGUUUAUGAAAUUAAAUUUUUUUUGUUGAAUGGUUUAGUAUUGCACCUGGAAAUAAGACAUGAAUAUGGAAAAGCUCAAUAUUUGUUAUUUAUUCUUUUAUCACAGAUUCUAUUCCUAAUUGUUUGUUCUUUGUUUUUAUGGUUCUAUGCUUUUUUUGUUUAUCUCUGUACAUUUGCCCUAAUUGGCGGUG